AUGACAUCCAAUAAUAUGUACAGAGUUGGGACUAAGCCAAGGCUUUUAGAAGCAGCUUCUGCUUCUAGUUCCAAUUCUCAUGUUCUGGAUGUUUCGAAGUCUAAUACUUCAAUAACUGAAUCUCAGCCUCGUUCUAACUCAUCUAGUGUCUUGCUUGACCAUUCUACAAAACCCAACGAUUUAGGACUUCAUAAUCCUACUGCCUAUAUGCUUGCAUCUAAAGUACGUACAAGUGUCAGCUUUCAAUUUGUUGCCAGUGUCACCCUUCGAAUUGCCCGUCGUUUGUGUGUGACUUCAAGCCCCCGGCGUCGAGCUCGUCAACCAUUCAAACGUCUUACAUUUUUGACUGGUUUUCACAAAGAUGCUCUCCCACUGUUGUCUAAACUCACUCCAGCUGAAUCGCAUAAACUAACGAAACGAUUUCGGAGCAUGUCUGUUGCAAACAAAUCCAAACCCCGUGGAGUUGCUUUGCAUUCUUUGAUUUCUCGAAUAUUUCAAGCAACAUGUAGUUCGGAUGGCAUGGAGCAAGAAUCAACUGUUGAACCACCACCAUCCAUGACCACAGAAAAUCAGACUCCCACUGGGGCAGUAGAAGCCAAGGUGGUAUGCUUUUACAGACGUCGAGAUCUGUCAGUAAAUUUGAUACAACUAGCUGACAAGCAUCAGAAGGAAUUGGGAACUUCUGGUGGCGAUGCACAACCGGAAGUAUUGCAUCAGAUACAUCAUCGUGAAUUAUUUCUCUCUCGGCACCUGGAAACUCUUCCUGCAACACAUAUCCGUGGGAAAUGCACAGUCACAUUGCAUACUGAAACUGAACCCUACCAUAUCUACCUGCUAAAAGAUGAUGCUUUUUUCUUCAAAUUGGUUUAUGACCCAUUACAAAAAACCCUACAGGCUGAUCAAGGAUCCAUCCGAGAAGGUCCUCAGUAUCAAGCAGAUGUUGAACCUUAUCAUCCUCCAAAAGAUUCACCAGAUGAAUGCACUUACGAGCAGUUACUUUGGCGACCGGAUAAUGAUUUAACUCCUGCGGAUCUGGACUCAUAUCUCCUUUUGAUUCGGUCUUUGGCUACUCUUGGCAGAGCUUUUUAUCCACCUCAUAUCCUUCGUCAGCCUACUCUUACAAUGUCUGCAGCGGCAGCCGCCAGAGAUACCACACACCAGUUUGCUUUAGAUACUUUACAUUCCGCUAAUUAUAAUAUUUCUCAAGCACUCCAAAUGUUGACUCCAAAUGGACAACCUAUUUUAAAGCUGGAUGAGAUGGAACAGUGGUCAGCCAGUGAGGGAAAUCUUUUCGAAGAAGCGUUGGAAAAGUAUGGGAAGUGUUUUUAUGAAAUACAAAACGAUUUCCUUCCAUGGAAAUACCCUAAGAGUCUUGUGGAGUUCUACUAUAUGUGGAAAACUACUGAUCACUACGUUCAGCAAAAGCGUAUGAAGGCUAUUGAGGCUGAACAUCACUUAAAACAGGUGUACAUUCCAAAUUACAACAAACCAAAUCCAGUUGUUCUUUACCCAGUUACGUCUGAUUCCGUUAACUCAACUUCUGGAUGUGAGGGCUGUUCUAAUCUCACUUCAAGUCUAUGGUAUGCUCUUGGUCCAUCAAUAUCACCUCUGAAAGUGUGUGUCGAUUGUUGGAAUUAUUGGAAGCGAUAUGGAGACUUAAAAACAACAUCACUUUCAGAAAAGGUUUCCGAGUCAGUUUCUUCCAAUCCAACCUCUGCUUCUAGUUCCAAUUCUCAUGUUCUGGAUGUUUCGAAGUCUAAUACUUCAAUAACUGAAUCUCAGCCUCGUUCUAACUCAUCUAGUGUCUUGCUUGACCAUUCUACAAAACCCAACGAUUUAGGACUUCAUAAUCCUACUGCCUAUAUGCUUGCAUCUAAAGUACGUACAAGUGUCAGCUUUCAAUUUGUUGCCAGUGUCACCCUUCGAAUUGCCCGUCGUUUGUGUGUGACUUCAAGCCCCCGGCGUCGAGCUCGUCAACCAUUCAAACGUCUUACAUUUUUGACUGGUUUUCACAAAGAUGCUCUCCCACUGUUGUCUAAACUCACUCCAGCUGAAUCGCAUAAACUAACGAAACGAUUUCGGAGCAUGUCUGUUGCAAACAAAUCCAAACCCCGUGGAGUUGCUUUGCAUUCUUUGAUUUCUCGAAUAUUUCAAGCAACAUGUAGUUCGGAUGGCAUGGAGCAAGAAUCAACUGUUGAACCACCACCAUCCAUGACCACAGAAAAGCCAGCACAUACUGUACCAGAAACUGCUCUUGACCUAGCUGUAAACGGUCUGGUGGCUUCAGAUGUUACAAGCAAUCUCAAACGUCCUGCUUCUGUUCCUCAAAAUGAUGAGCAUUCAGAUGUGGGAAUUAUUUCUUCGAAGAAACCCAAUUUGGUCAUUCCAGAUGAUUCUUCUACCCUUGAGGUUAUAUCAACUAAUCACGGAAGUAUAAAUUUGGGUCCAAAGCGACGUUAUACUGUUGGUUCAGAUGUAGAUGGAGCCUCAACUUUGAUGUAUCGUGCAACGCAAGCAAUUAAAAGGUCUCGACGUAAACUUUUGUCGUUAUCUGAGCUUCGUCGUUUCGGUCGUCGUCCAUGGCUUGAGUUGACUUUGGAUAUGCAUUCACAUAAUGGUUUAAGUAAUGGGGCCUCCUCAAAUUUGAAGAAAAACCUCCAUUCAACUACAACUAGUUCAUCUGCAGAAACUGAUCGUCCGAGUCCCGGUAUCAUCACUUCUUCUUCAAAUACGCAUUAA